GAUGUCUCUUCCGGCCUCUCGAUCGGCAAUCCCCACUCGAAGAAAGCCAAAGGCGAUGCUUUGGUAUCCUCUCCAAGUCUGACCAAACCCAGCGGCAAUAGAGGUGUCUCUUCCGGCGUCUCGAUCGGCUCACCUAAUUCGAAGAAUCCCAGUGGUAAGAACCGAAUCGUUUCGUUUGAUUUUUGCUAAAAGUGCUUCUAGCUAUUAUAUUAGAAAAUUAUUUUUUCUGAUGCCAUAUAGCCGACCAAAUCCUUUUGAUAACCCAAAAAAAAAAUUAUUCAGUUUGAGUUUGUGUUUUAGGACAGUGAGAUCAAACAAGUAAAUUUUUUUCUAAUAGUUUUUAUACGGUACAUACAAAAACAUAUACAAUUGUGUUAAUGGUAAGAACCGAAUCAUUUCGUUUGAUUUUUGCUAAAAGUGCUUCUAGCUAUUAUAUUAGAAAAUGAUUUUUUUCUGAUACCAUAUAGCCGACCAAAUCCUUUUGAUAACCCAAAAAAAAAAUUAUUCAGUUUGAGUUUGUGUUUUAGGACAGUGAGAUCAAACAAGUAAAUUUUUUUCUAAUAGUUUUUCUACGGUACAUACAAAAACAUAUACAAUUGUGUUACAGAGAUGAAACUAAUUAUAUGAUGAUGGCAACGCUCAUAUUUCUCUGUAGGUCCGAUCAUUCAGACCACGAAGACCAGUGUCUCUUCAGGCGUAAGAAGCAAAGCUGCUGUCUCCUCUGGCGUCAGGGGAAAAGCUAUUGUCUCCGCCAACGUUGGGAGAGUGAUGUCUUUCAAAGAUGUGAAAUUUGGACCUCAUUAAGGCGAGUUGAGGUUUCGGUUGAUCCACUUUUGGGAAGCUCGCAAUGUUCGGACGAAGUUGCUUAUCGGUCUCGAAAUGCUUCUCAUCGACCAAGAGGUAUAAGCCGUUUAUUCAAAGCUUAUGAUAAUAUUUUUUAAAAAAAGAUUUACUGACUAACUUUUCUAAUUCAACUCAAUCUCUUUAAUGUUGUUAACAGGAAACUAUUAUUCAGGGCUUCAUCCCAGCUGGGAGGAUGGACACUUAUUUGCCACACAUGAGAGCUGGUGGCAUUUACAGGCUCCAUAAUUUUUUCGGGUCUAAUAACAAGACAUUGUAUCGGGUAUCCGAGCCAAGUGUCACCAUCACCUUCUCAUCGACCUCUGUCCUCUCUGAUCUAGAGGACAGUUCGGUUUGUUUCCCUGAGGACCGUUUCCGAUUCUAUGGAUAUGAGGAGUUCAAUGCUGCCUGCGACUUGAAAGGGGAUCUUUAUGAUUAUGUUGGCCACAUCAAACUUGUGAAUGGGCAGGUCCUCAAUGACAGUCUCGUGGUAGAUGAAGCCGAGAUAGCUUCAACCCGACGAGUUCUGCUUCAUGUUCAAACACAUGAUGGUCCGGUGAUGAAGAUGUACCUCUGGGACAAGGCUGCUUCAGACUUUGGUGAAAGAUUCAAGGCGUCUGGAGGAACUGCGAGUGUUAUCUUAGUCACCACCUUAAACCCGAAACGAUAUGGAGGUUUGUAUCAUCAGCUUUUUCUUAUCAUUUUAAGAAGUUGCAUAGGAUGGUCAAGGAAUCUUAUCUGGUUAGGUUAGUUUUGAGCAGUAGACCUGCGUUAAUUGAAUUUAGAGCUUAUUAGCUAUGAGACAUUUGAAAAGUAUGUGAAUAAUUGAUAGUUGAUUAACCCCAAUAGGUUCUGCAAUAACAAAUGUUAGAUAUAUAUAUGCAUAACUCCACGAUUCGUUUUACACUAUAGUUUCCUAUGUAUUAUAACAUUGCAACCGUUGUAGGUGCCCUAUGUCUCUCUUCUAUGGCGUCGUCAAGGAUAUUUAUGGAAAGUGAUGUUCAAGCAACCCAAGAUUAUCUCAAUUGGUAAGCAUUCCUGUUUUAAAUAUCGUUUUUGUUAUUUCAGUAUCGCAAUUGAUGUUUGGAGGUUGUCCUCAGGUUGAACUCGAACUUGGAUGUUGCUAAGAGAGUUGAUGUAGACGUUGUCACUAAGACUGAUACAGUGACCAUAGGCGAGCUCUUUUCUUAUAUGAAGCAGGCAGAUGCUAAGGUCGUGCAUUAUCAAUGUAUAAAUAUUCAGUAGGAUAGUCUUAGUUUCUGAUUAAAAGUAUUGUGCAGGUUGCUUGGUUUGAGUGCAUAGCCACCAUUGGUGAUGUUGUACAUGGUUCGGGAUGGUAUUACAUAGGCUGUGGUGGGUGCCACACAAAGGCAACCAAAGGGCCUACCACCCUUAUGUGUAAAAAGUGUGGGAAGAGUGAUAUUGUUGGUGUUGCACAGUAAGUGAUUCAUUUUACCUAUACUCAUGCGUUCGAUGCAUUCACUAUUAAUCUUCUCAUAAUACAGGUACCUAGCCAAGAUAUCUGUGUACGACAAUAAUGACCAGGCGGUUUUUGUGCUCCUUGGUGACUCUGGUCAUGAGCUGUCUGGGAAGAAGGCUUCUGAGUUGGUUGAGAGUUAUUUUGAGGUAGUUACAAACCUGUCUGGCUUUGUUAUUUAACUGUAUACUCCCAAUAUAUUUAAAAAUGUAUAGUGACAAUUGUUUAAAUGUAUAUUAGGCCAACGAGGAUGAAGGAUCUGAUCACUUGGUUCCGGUCCCUCAAGCUCUGAUUGAUACCAUAGGCCAGACUCGCAAGUUCAUUAUGAAGGUAUCAACCCACAAUUUGACUGGCAAGACCCAAACUUUGACUGUGACAAAGGUGCUCACUCCAGAAGACCCAGAUAUUGGAGUCAAUUUAGAAGAAUCCGAUGGUGAGAGGGUGAAAAGGGCUGCUGAAAAGAUUGAGGGAGAAGAGCCUAAGAGAGCCAAAUGUGGCUAAGGUGUGAUUAGUGGUGGUUUUAUGGUUACUAAAAUUCUAUGCUUCAUUUCUUUUCAUUUUCAGACCUUGGUUUUGCAACAUUGAACUUAUCUUUCUUAAAAUAACGAUGGUUACACUCAUUUUAAUGUUUUUUCUUCAAGUUUGAUGUUUGGUUAUUUUACUUUUGUUAUAUCUGAUGCUUUUUCCAUCUUUGAUUGAGCCUUUAACUUUUAGUUUGCUUGCUUGAUUUUUUUCUUUCGAUACUCCCUUAAACAGAACAUGUUAUAACUGAGCCUGCACUUAAUCAUUUCUCUGAAAAUGAAGAAACUAAGAUUGUUAGUAGGCACAGAAAAUGGCUGUGUUUUACCAAUCAAACUUUAAAAUGAUUAAGAAAAAAAAGAAAGUGAUGCAGUCAAUGUGUUUAUUUUGCAGUAGAUACAUGCACAUUAUUUUUAAGUAUUUUGUAGUAGCUAUGAGAGCAGCCGUUUUUAUAUAAAAGCUUUUUUUUUUUAAUAUGAAAGCUUUUUUUUUUACGACUUAUAUGUAAGCUAUGUUAUAUUUGAAUAUAAAAGCUUUGUUAUAUUUUUGAACUUUAAACUAUGUUUUAUAUAAAGUUUUUUUAACUAUGUUUUAUAUAAAGUUAAAAAAUGUUUAAUUGAUUUUUUUGUCAACUGAUCUAGAAAAUAUAUAUUCAAAAAAAAAAGCUGAGAAUAAUACUUAAUAAAAAAUUAAUUAUUAAUACAAAUACAUAGUCAAAUGAACUAUAAUGAAUAUGUGAUGUUUGAAUGUUUCCACAUCAUUGAUGUUUGGAUGUUUGAAGGAUUGGGUUAUAUAUAUUACCUAUGCAUUCACAUAUAUUAAUUUUUUUUUUUUUUAAAUAUUGUGAUCUAAAACAUUACUGUUUUUGGCUUUACGCAAACGGGUUACGAGCAUUCAAAUCUUAUAUGUUUUUGGUUAAGUAAUAAUAGUUCAGGAAUAAUAAAGAUACACGAUCCAGUCAAACAUAACAAACGAUACUGCGUUAGUGCCUCAUAUAACUCAUACUCAGGAACCCCUAAUGGACUUUUUGGCUUUACGCACCAUUAGCAUAAUGAACAAACUCCUUAUCCAGUGACAUACCUGAGAUUAACCGGUCAACCGGUCUGAAAUCUAUUUAUUCAUCAGGCAACCAGUUCUCUGAUUACAUUCCUUCCAACCAUUUCUCAACAAUGGUUUCUCCGAAUAAAGCUUGGCACUCAAGCUUCUCUUCAUUUUGGAUAAAUCAGUACCCCUAUUACAAACAAAAACAUUGAAACUUAUCAUCGGGAGUAUACCAUCAACACACUCCUAUUACAAACAGAAAUAUUGAAACUUAUCAUCGAGGAGUACACCAUCAACCCACUUUUCCGCGCGUAGCGCGGAGAAAGGCUCUAGUGUUAUGUUAAAAAAAAAAAAACAGACUCCAUUAUUUGGUAUGAUAAACAAAGGAGUCACGAGUCAUAAAGUUGGUGUGUUUUCUGAUAUUUGAGAUAGGAGUAGUCACUGACUGUCCCUAGCUAGUUUACUGUCUAGCAAGAAAACAACAAGUUUUAAACUUUUUACGAUUUUUGUCCCAAGUUUCUCUUCUAUACCUGAUUGUGUAAUUUGAUGGUAAUUACUUGACCAACACGUUGUUAAAGACGCAAUUAAUGAUUUUUUGUCGUAAGAACAAAACAAAAGAUCUUCUUUACCUGGAACGACCUGUCCAGUGUCCAAGAGCCACCCCCCCCCCCCCCCCCCCCCCAGACAAAACGUGUUCUCUGAAUUUCAGUUCGAUGUUUUUGAAUUUUCUCACUUGGGAAUUAAAUCCACUUGCCAAGCUGUAUAGACGUGACUAAAUAUCCCCUUUGUUUCUAUAAAUAUACAUUGAAACAAAUAUAUUGUUGUAACGAAUAUUGACUGUGGACGUAUAUAUAAGAGACUUGUUGAAAAUAUUCCAAGAUUUGCAUGGUUGGCUAAUUGAUUAUUUCCAUUUUUACGAAGAUUCCUCCUAUAACUUUUUCCCCAACCUUCCUUUUCUUUAUAGUUGUCUUCCUUGACAUUCUUCAAGAUCUGUUCUUUCAUUCAUUUUUUUAUUGUUUGUCUUCUCUAUAAGUGUUCAUCACCCUUUACUCAGCAGCCAACUUUUCAGUGAAGUAGAGAGGGAGAGAGAUUAAUCCCAACUAAAAGAGGGUUUUCAAUAUCUGGAUUCUUGAGUUUAAUCCA